AUUUUUAGUAGAUAAUUAACCCCUAAUAUAACCUAUAUACCUUGUAUAACCUAAUAUAACCUUUAUUUAGAUUAAAUGUUGGCCGAUGUCGCUGAGCAGUAAAUUUGCUUCGUUGCUAAAUGUCACAGUUAGAAGGUUAGAAUGACUUGUUCUUACUGUCGAUAACUUGAUUUUUAAUGCUUAGACAUGAGUGAGGCACACCUGAGCGAGUGGCAGAAGAGGACCUUUGACAUUUCAUCUGGCACCUGCACACCUGAACAAAAGGCAGAUGCUUACCGUGCACACAUCCUGGACGUGCAGUAUGCAUGGGCGACUUCUCUGCUGUCAGCUUCAGCUACAGCCCAUCUACUCAGGAAAUACACUGAGCUCUACUCCGCAGUGCUGGACUCCGAUGACCCACGCACAGGCCUGAACAACUAUGCCAACAGUGUACUGCACCUGGCUCGUGGACACAGAAACGACAGCAUACAGUGGCAGUCGGCCUUGACACCAGAAAGUGUCCUGGCUUUGCCCUGUGUGCAGCACAUUGUCCGUGGUGAAACUGGGGCUGUGAGUGCCCUCAUACCACGAGAAGAUGUGGAUGUUGUAGUUGGUGGGGGGUUUAAUGGUGAGAGUGAUCAAGGCUGCUCUCUGAAGCUGGGAACCUGCAGUGCGGAUGUGUUUUCAAAAACCGAGGCUACUGGGGCUUGCAGUAAUGUUCUGAGAGAUGGGGCAGGAAAAGAGAGUGGCCAUCGAGCAUUGCUUCCAUCUUCUUCCUUUGGAUCUUGCAGCACAGCUCAACCCACUAUGAACCCGCUAUUUAGCAGCAGUGCUAACAUGAACUGUCAGCCUGCCCCUAGCAAUCUGUCCGUUUUCUUCCCCUCAAACCCUUCGAAGCGGAAGGCCUGCAAUAACUCUCAGUCUUGCCAUGUGGCUUCUGAAACACGUGGUGGCUCCAGUGUUGCAGGAAAGAGAGGGGAUGAUGGACGAGCCAGCAGCUUCAGGACAGCCAAAGAGCAGCUGGUAGUGGAGCAGCAGAAGAAACACGGUCAGCAACCACAGCGAGUCCAGCCAGCUGGGCUAUCUGGUGGGAUGAAGAAGUCCCUGGGUGCCAACAGAUCCCGUGGUGCCUUCUCCAAAUUCGUGUCCCCUAUGCCCAGGCAAGAGGAUGGUGAGGGGGCAGGUGCCAGUGGGUCAGUCCAGGAGUCUCAGCCUAUUGAUGAACGGCUAAAGAACUUUGAACCCAAGAUCAUUGAGCUGAUCAUGAGUGAGAUCAUGGAUCAUGGCCCACCAAUCUCUUGGGAUGACAUUGCUGGACUGGAGUUUGCAAAGGCCACAAUCAAGGAGAUUGUAGUGUGGCCCAUGCUGCGACCCGACAUCUUCACUGGGCUUCGCGGUCCCCCCAAAGGAAUCCUGCUUUUUGGCCCUCCUGGUACCGGAAAGACACUGAUAGGCAAAUGCAUUGCAUGUCAGUCUGGGGCCACCUUCUUCAGUAUUAGUGCCUCAUCCCUGACUUCUAAGUGGGUUGGAGAAGGUGAGAAGAUGGUCCGGGCCCUUUUCGCAAUUGCCCGCUGCCACCAGCCAGCCGUUAUCUUCAUUGAUGAAAUUGACUCACUGCUUUCCCAACGGACAGAUGGUGAGCAUGACUCUUCACGACGCAUCAAGACUGAGUUUUUGGUCCAGCUGGAUGGGGCAGCCACCUCAGCUGAUGACCGGAUCCUGGUGGUCGGGGCCACCAACCGACCACAGGAGAUUGAUGAGGCAGCCCGGCGAAGGCUAGCUAAGCGCCUGUACAUCCCCCUGCCUGAGGCCGCAGCUCGUCGCCAAAUCGUAGCCAACCUGAUGGCCCGUGAGAAAUGCCAUUUAAAGUCAGAGGAGCUGGAUUGUGUUGUUUCCAGCUCCCAAGGGUUCUCCGGUGCUGAUAUGACCCAGCUUUGCAGAGAGGCAGCGCUGGGCCCUAUUCGCAGCAUCCAGGUAGAUGACAUUGCCAGUAUCACACCUGAUCAAGUGCGUCCCAUUGUUCAUACCGAUUUCCAGGAUGCCCUGAAGACUGUGCGACCCAGUGUGUCCUCCAAAGACUUGGAGCUCUACGAGGAGUGGAACAGGACCUUCGGCUGUGGCCGCUGAUCCGGACAUUCAGGCAGAUUUCUGAUGUCCUGCCUUCACCAAGCCCUCUGUUAUUAUAAUGUAUGUACACAAGUAUAAUUUUGGUGAUGUAACAUUUUAAAUCAUUCCAAAGACUAUGUCAUUUUCAAAAUCUUGAAUGGUACAGGAACUUUUGCAAAUAUAAAUUGCAAAGUCUAUGCAAACUAUAAAUGAGUUUUGCACAGUUCUCAUUGUUAUUAAGCUUGAAAAUGCAUGGAAGUAUGUUCUUGAAAAUGGAUUUUUGUAUCUAGGAUUUUCAAUGAAACGUAAUAAAGAUGAACGUCUGAAACUAUAUUC